AUGGAGGGCCGGCCACCCUCUGCUGCCGCCGCCGCCCUCGCGCCCGACGGCACCUCGUCGCACUCGCCGCUCGCGCCCUUUGACCACGCCGAGCUGCGGCUGUACCUCGCCCAGCUCCUCCCACUCGUCAUCGGCGCCGACCCGCGAGACCUCGCCACCUUGUUCGCCGACCCGGCCCAGUUUGACGAGCCCGCGACGAGGUGGGCCACCGACCCGCAAGCUGGCGCACUCUACAUCCUCAAGACGAGGAGGGACCGCGACGACGAUCUUGAGGCCUCGUCCUCCUCCUCAUCCGACACCUUCACCUACUCGCUCGCAACCACCCUGUCGUACUCGCCGGCGCAGGCCGCCACCCUCGCCCUCAUCAAGCAUGUCCCGACCCUCGACUCGAACAUCCCGCUCGCCCAGCAGCUCCACUUCCUCAACCUGUUCGGCCCCGCAUCCUCCUCCUCCUCGUCAACCGCCGCCCCUACCAGCACCGGCGGGCCCGCCUCGUCGUCAUCGUCGUCGUCCGGCAGCGCCAUCUACGAGGGCCUGCACCGCCUCGUGCACUACGGCGUCGCGCCCGCGUUCGAGGCGUUCGUCGAGAGCAAGGCGCGCAAGGACGGCGCGAGGCGCUCGGCCGCCGACGACUCGAAGGACGCCGACGCCAAGAUGGGCAUCCCCAUGACCAAGAAGAAGUUUGCAGAGCUCGAGCUGUCGCUCCUCCACCUCCAGCAGAACGUCGAGAUCCCCGACAUUGUCCUGUCGAUCCACCCGACCAUCGCCGCGGCGGUCGCCCGCGCCGAGGCGUCCGGCACGCGCGCGUCGGUCGUCGAGCACGUCGACCCGGCCCUCCUCGCCGACUCGGCCUUUCUCAACAAGCUCCAGGGCGAGGUCAACAGCUGGGUCAAGGAGAUCCAGACCGUCACCAAGCUGUCGCGCGACGUGGCGAGCGGCACGGCGAGCCAGGAGGUCAACUUCUGGCUCGGCAUGGAGCGCGCCCUCGAAGCGAUCGAGAAGCAGCUCAAGAGCGACCCGGUGCAGCUCACGCUCGACGUCCUCAAGCACGCCAAGCGCUUUCACGCCACCGUCUCGUUCAUCGCCGACACGGGCCUCAACGACGCGUUCAAGACGGUGCACGACUACAACAUCCUCAUGAAGGACUUUCCGCUCAACGAGCUCCUCGCCGCGACCGACCUCGCAAAGGUUCAGGAGAGCAUCCUCCUCAUCUUUGGCCACGUCAACAAGAAGCUCAAGCUCUCGCCGUACCCGGUCCGCCGCGCGCUCCCUCUCGUCGAGGCCAUCUCGCGCGACCUCAACGCGCAGCUCGUCAAGGUCCUCUCGUCGCACCGCCUCGCGCUCGCCGACUACGCCUCGUUCGACCGCCUCAUGCACCACGCCCACCUCGUCUUUGUCGCGUGGGACGACUCGUUCAAGGAGUUUACCAACGUCGCGCGCGAGGUGACGCGCAAGCGCGCCGAAAAGUUCAUCCCGAUCAAGGUCAGCGCGAGCCACGUCCGCCUCGAGGAGCGCGUGAGGUACUUUCGCGCGUUCAGGAAACAGCACCACCAGCUGUUGGUCAUGCAGCAGCAGGCGGCGGCGGCGGCGCGAGAGUGGAAGAGCACGCUCGGGGACAUCGACAUGGACGCCGAGGUCCGUCAAGCGUACGAGAGCGUCAAGAACGUCGACGUGCUCGACGUGUCGGCCGAGGGCACCGACAUCUGGAUCGCGGCCGAGACGGCCUACAACGAGCGCGUCGCGCGCGUCGAGAACCACAUCAUCUCGCGCUUGCGCGACCGGCUCGGCGGCGCCAAGAACGCCAACGAGAUGUUUCGCGUCUUUUCCAAGUUCAACGCCCUACUUGUGCGCCCCAAGAUCCGCGGCGCCAUCGCCGAGUACCAGUCGCAGCUCAUCGAGUCGGUCAAGGACGACAUCCGGCGGCUCCAGGACAAGUUCAAGGCCGGGUACCAGCAGUCCGAGGCGUACCACAUGUCGCAGCUGCGCGACCACCCGCCCAUCUCGGGCGCCAUCAUCUGGGCCAAGCAGAUCGAGCGCCAGCUGUACCACUACAUGAAGCGCGUCGAGGACGUCCUCGGCAAGGAGUGGUCGCACUAUGCCGACGGCCAGCGCCUCCAGACCGAGAGCCAGUCGUUCCGCGACAAGCUCAACACGCGCCCGAUCUACGACGCGUGGCUCGUCGACAUCAACCGGCGCAACCUGUCGAUCGGCGGGCGCCUGUUUGGCGUCACCAAGAGCCGCCAGCACGGCGGCGCGCUCCAGCUCGCCGUCAACUUUGACCCGCAGAUCAUCACGCUCUUCAAGGAGGUCCGCAACCUCCUGUGGCUCGGGUUCCAGGUGCCGCACACGGUCAGCAACAUCGCCAAGGACGCCAAGCGCGUGUACCCGUACGCCGUCAGCCUCAUGGAGACGGUCCGCACCUACUCGCAGACGGUCCACAAGCUCGAGCAGAACCCGGACAUUGCGCCGCUCGUCGCCGCGACGCACAAGAAGGCGCAGGAGCAGAUCGCCAAGGGCAUGGGCUUCCGGUGGGAGCACUUUGUCAACACGUUCGACGGUCGCUCGCUGUCGUACGUCGCCGGCGCCGGCGUCGACAACUCGGGCAGCAAGCAUACGCACUACGUCCGCGAGUUUGCGUCGAUCGUCGCCGAGCUCCAGGACCGCACCGACCACCUCGUCGAGCUGUACGGCGACAUGUGCCGCACGGUCGACGAGCUCGGCACGUGCCCGUACGCGCGCGACGCGUUCGCCGACCACCUCGCGUCGCUCCAGAAGAAGGUCGACACGCUCAACCUCGAGGGCUACGCCAACCUCGACUCGUGGACCCGAGCGCUCGACGCCAAGGUCGAAAAGGUCCUCGCCCGUCGCCUGCGCGCCGUCAUCGAGCGGUGGUGCGACGAGUUCACCAAGGACCCGGACGCGGCCGCUCGCGCCGACUCGACGUCGACCGCGACGGCAGCGCUGCGCGGCGGCAAGGCCGCGCUCAAGAAGCAGCAGCAGCAGCUGUCGGGCGCACCCGUCGUCGGCGCCGGCGCCGGCGUCGCCGCUGGGCCCGACGACGCGCUCGUCCUCGAGACGGUCGUGCACGAGGUCCGCAUCCAGAACCAGGUCAUCCACCUCGACCCGCCUCUCGAGCACGCCCGCGCGAGCUGGUACCGCCAGCUCCAGUCGUGGCUCGGCGUCGUGUGCGGCCUCGCGCGCAUCCAGAGCUCGCGGUACGAGAUCGGCCUCAAGCUCCGGUCGACGUCGCCCGACGCGCUCAACUACUCGUCGCUCCUCGCGACCCUCGCCGACGGCACGCUCGAGCGCCCGUUCGCGCUCGUCGAGCACAAGUUGCGCGAGGUCGGCGCCUACGUCGACAAGUGGCUCCAGUUCCAGUCGCUGUGGGACCUCGAGGCCGACGUCGUGUACGCGCGCCUCGGCGACGAGCUGUCGGCGUGGCAGCAGCUCCUGCUCGAGAUCCGCAAGACGAGGUCGACGUUCGACAACUCGGAGACGCAGCGCUCGUUCGCCGUCGCCGUCAUCGACUACGAGCAGGUCCAGAGCAAGGUCAACGCCAAGUACGACACGUGGCAGCGCGACCUCCUCGCCCGGUUCGGCACCAAGCUCGGCGCCGCCAUGAAGGAGACGCACGCCCAGAUCCGCAAGGCGCGCCACGACCUCGAGCAGCACUCGAUCGAGACGUCGUCGACGGCGGCGACCGUCGCCUUCAUCACGUUCGUCCAGGACGUCCGCCGUCGCGUCAAGCACUGGGCGCCGCAGAUCGCCCUGUUCUCGAGCGGCCAGAAGACGCUCGAGCGCCAACGGUACCAGUUCCCGGCCGACUGGCUGUACGUCGACCAGGUCGACGGCGAGUGGACGAGCUUCAACGAGAUCCUCGGGCGCAAGAACGCGUCGAUCCAGGACCAGCUCGCCGGCCUCCAGCUCAAGGUCGUCGCCGAGGACAAGGUGCUCGACGGCCGCAUCGACGAGGCCGUCGCCGACUGGGAGCGCGACAAGCCGAUCCAGGGCUCGCUCAAGGCGGCCGACGCCAUGAACGCGAUCGGCGUCUUCGAGGGCCGCGUCACGCGCCUCAAGGAGCAGCACGACAUGCUGCGCCGCGCCAAGGAGUCGCUCGACCUCGAGCCGACGCGCGACGGCCGCCUCGAGCCCGUCGUCGACGAGAUCCGCGACCUCAAGGCCGUGUGGACGGCCCUGUCGGGCGUGUGGGCCCAGGUGGCCGACCUGCGCGACACGCUGUGGUCGUCGGUCCAGGCGCGCAAGCUCCGCCAGCAGCUCGACGCGCUCCUGUCGUCGACGCGCGACAUGCCGAGCAAGAUGCGCCAGUACGCCGCGUUCGAGUACGUCCAGGAGACGCUGCGCGCGCACCUCAAGUCGAACGCGCUCGUCGGCGACCUCAAGUCCGAGGCCCUGCGCGAGCGCCACUGGCGCCAGCUGUACAAGGCGCUGCGCGUCGCCGGCCAGUACUCGCCGUCGACGAUGACGCUCGGCACCGUGUGGGACCUCGACCUCAAGCGCAACGAGCUCGUCGUCAAGGACGUCAUCACGCAGGCCCAGGGCGAGAUGGCGCUCGAGGAGUUCCUCAAGCAGGUCAAGGAGACGUGGACGAGCUACACGCUCGACCUCGUCAACUACCAGAACAAGACGCGCCUCGUGCGAGGGUGGGACGACCUGUUCACCAAGUGCGGCGAGAACCUCAACUCGCUCACGGCCAUGAAGCUGUCGCCAUACUACAAGGUGUUCGACGAGGAGGCGUCGGCGUGGGAGGACCGCCUGAACCGCAUCCACGUCCUGUUCGACGUGUGGAUCGACGUCCAGCGCCAGUGGGUCUACCUCGAGGGCAUCUUUUCGGGCAGCGCAGACAUCAAACACCUGCUCCCGAUCGAGUCGCAGCGGUUCAACAACAUCAACGCCGAGUUCCUCGCCGUCAUGAAGAAGGUCGCCAAGUCGCCGUUCAUCCUCGACGUGCUCAACAUCCCCAACGUCCAGAAGAGCCUCGAGCGCCUCGCCGACCUCCUGUCCAAGAUCCAGAAGGCGCUCGGCGAGUACCUCGAGCGCGAGCGGUCGUCGUUCCCGCGGUUCUACUUUGUCGGCGACGAGGACCUGCUCGAGAUCAUCGGCAACAGCAAGGACGUCCUGCGCGUCGCCAAGUUCCUCAAGAAGAUGUUCGCCGGCCUCGCGGCGCUCGUCCUCGACGGCGAGCAGACGCAGAUCGAGGGCAUCGUGUCGCGCGAGGGCGAGGAGGUGCCGUUCUCGACCCCGGUCGUGUUCGCCCAGUACCCCAAGAUCAACGACUGGCUCGCCCAGCUCGAACUCGAGAUGAAGGUGUCGCUCGCGACGCUCGUCGCGCGCGCGUACGCCGACCUCGAGGCGUUCUACCGCGACCCGGCCGGCCUCGACCGCGACCGGUUCCUCGCGUGGAUCGACGCGUACCCGGCCCAGCUCGUCGUCCUCGCCGUCCAGGUCGGCUGGACGAGCCUCGUCGAGGGUGCGCUGCAGGCGGGCAAGCCCCUCGACGGCCCGCUCGCCGUCGUCUCGCGCGGCCUCGACGUCCUCGCCGACGCCGUCCUCGGCGACCUGCAGCCGAUCCAGCGCCGCAAGUGCGAGCACCUCAUCACCGAGCUCGUCCACGAGCGCGACGUCGUGCGCCUCCUCGUCCAAGGCGGCGUCACGUCGGCGACCGACUUCAGCUGGCUGUACCACAUGCGGUUCUACCUCGACCCGACCCGGCCCAACGUCCUCGACCAGCUCGAGGUCAAGAUGGCGAGCGCGACGUUCCCGUACGGCUACGAGUACCUCGGCGUCCCCGACCGCCUCGUCCAGACGCCCCUCACCGACCGGUGCUACCUCACCCUCACCCAGGCGCUCGAGUCGCGCCUCGGCGGCUCUCCGUUCGGCCCGGCCGGCACCGGCAAGACCGAGUCGGUCAAGGCGCUCGGCGUCGCGCUCGGCCGGUUCGUCCUCGUCUUCUGCUGCGACGAGACGUUCGACUUCCAGGCCAUGGGCCGCAUCUUUGUCGGCCUGUGCCAGGUCGGCGCGUGGGGCUGCUUCGACGAGUUCAACCGGCUCGAGGAGCGCAUCCUGUCGGCCGUCUCGCAGCAGAUCCAGACGAUCCAGCUCGGCCUGAGCGCCACCGUCGCCAACCCGUCGACCGAGAUCGAGCUCGUCGGCCGCCAGCUCAAGGUCAACCUCGACACGGGCAUCUUUAUCACGAUGAACCCGGGCUACGCCGGCCGGUCCAACCUGCCCGACAACCUCAAGAAGCUGUUCCGGAGCAUCGCCAUGACGCGCCCCGACCGCGAGCUCAUCGCCCAGGUCAUGCUCUUCUCGCAAGGGUUCCGCACGGCCGAGACGCUCGCGUCCAAGGUCGUCCCGUUCUUCAACCUGUGCGCCGAGCAGCUGUCGUCGCAGCCCCAUUACGACUUUGGGCUGCGCGCGCUCAAGGCCGUCCUCGUCAGCGCCGGCCACCUCAAGCGCGAGCGCCUCCAGCAGCAGGGCGGCGACAAGGACUCGGCGCCGGUCGCCAAGUCGAUCGACAUCUCGGAGCAGGAGAUCCUCAUUCAGUCGGUCACCGAGACGAUCGUGCCCAAGCUCGUCGCCGAGGACGUGCCGCUCCUGACGAGCCUCCUCGCCGACGUCUUCCCCGGCGUCGAGUACGUCCCCGUCAACCUCGACCAGCUCAAGGAGCACAUCGUCGCCGUCUGCCGCGAGCGCCACCUCGUCGCCGACUCGGCGUGGCUCGACAAGGCCGUCCAGCUGUUCCAGAUCCAGAACAUCCAGCACGGCGUCAUGAUGGUCGGGCCGUCGGCGACGGGCAAGACGACGGCGUGGCGCGUCCUCCUCACCGCGCUCGAGCGCCUCACGGGCGUCGAGGGCGUGUCGUACGUGAUCGACCCCAAGGCCAUCUCGAAGGACGCCCUGUACGGCACGCUCGACCCGACCACGCGCGAGUGGAACGACGGCCUGUUCACGCACAUCCUGCGCAAGAUCGUCGACGACGUGCGCGCCGAGAGCACCAAGCGCCACUGGAUCAUCUUUGACGGCGACGUCGACCCCGAGUGGGUCGAGAACCUCAACUCGGUCCUCGACGACAACAAGCUCCUGACGUUGCCCAACGGCGAGCGCCUCAACCUGCCGCCGCACGUCCGCAUCCUGUUCGAGGUCGAGUCGCUCAAGUACGCGACGCUCGCGACCGUGUCGCGGUGCGGCAUGGUGUGGUUCAGCGACAACGUCGUCACGCCGUCGAUGCUGUGCCGCAACUACCUGUCGAGCGUGUGCGCCGACGCGCUCGACGUCGCCGACGACGACUCGCCCGGCCGCCGUCGCGCGCUCACCGCCGCCGCCGCCGCCAUCGCCGCCGGCGACAGCGACGACAUGUCGCCGACGCUCGCGACGCAGCGCGCCAUCGCCGCCAAGCUCGAGCCGUACUUUGCGCCGGGCGCGCUCGUCGCCAAGGCGCUCGCGCACGCGGCGACGGUCGACCACAUCAUGGAGUUCACGCCGGCGCGCGCCCUGACGACCCUGUUCUCGCUCGUCAACAAGUCGAUCCGGGCCGUCGUCGAGUACAACGUCGCGCACCCGGACUUCCCGCUCGCGGCCGACCAGGUCGAGUCGUACACGCUCAAGCGGCUCCUCGUCAGCGUCGUGUGGGCUUUCACGGGCGACUCGAAGCUCGACACGCGCGCCGCCAUGGGCGGCUACCUGCGCACCCAGUCGGGCCUCGACUUUCCGCCGCUCGGGCCCGGCGGGUCGCUCAUCGACUUUGACGUCGACGUCGCGUCGGGCGACUGGGUCAGCUGGCAAGACUCGGUCCCGACGAUCGACGUCGACACGCAGGCCGUCACGUCGCCGGACGUCGUCAUCCCGACGCUCGACACGGUCCGCCACGAGGAGGUCCUGUACUCGUGGCUGUCCGAGCACCGCCCGCUCCUCCUGUGCGGCCCACCCGGGUCGGGCAAGACGAUGACGCUGUUCAGCGCCCUGCGCAAGUUGCCCGACCUCGAGGUCGUCGGCCUCAACUUUUCGAGCGCGACGACGCCCGACCUGAUCCUCAAGACGUUCGAGCAGCACUGCGAGUACCGCAAGACGCCCAACGGCGUCGUCCUCGCGCCCGUCCAGAUCGGCCGGUGGCUCGUCCUGUUCUGCGACGAGAUCAACCUGCCCGCCGCCGACACGUACGGCACGCAGAAGGUCAUCUCGUUCCUGCGCCAGCUCGUCGAGCACGGCGGCUUCUGGCGCCCGACGGACAAGGCGUGGGUCACGCUCGAGAACAUCCAGCUCGUCGGCGCGUGCAACCCGCCGACCGACCCGGGCCGGGUCCCGCUCAGCCAGCGCUUCCUGCGCCACGCGCCGCUCGUCAUGGUCGACUACCCGGGCGAGACGUCGCUCAAGCAGAUCUACGGCACCUUCUCGCGCGCGCUCCUCAAGGUCGUCCCGCCGCUGCGCGGGUUCGCCGAGCCGCUCACCGACGCCAUGGUCGAGUUCUACCUCGCUUCGCAGCGCCGGUUCACGACCGACGUCCAGGCGCACUACGUCUACUCGCCGCGCGAGUUGACGAGGUGGACCCGCGGCAUCUACGAGGCGAUCCGCCCACUCGACGCCCUGUCGGUCGAGGGCCUCGUCCGGGUCUGGGCGCACGAGGCGCUCCGGCUGUUCCAGGACCGCCUCGUCACCGACGCCGAACGCGCGUGGACCGACGCCAAGAUCGACGAGGUCGCGCUCGCCCACUUCCCGACGCUCGACCGCGCCGAGGCGCUCGCCCGCCCGAUCCUGUACUCGAACUGGCUGUCGAAGCACUACGUGCCCGUCGACCGCGAGCAGCUGCGCGAGUACGCCAAGGCGCGCCUGCGCGUCUUUUACGAGGAGGAGCUCGACGUCCCGCUCGUCUUGUUCAACGACGUCCUCGACCACGUCCUGCGCAUCGACCGCGUGUUCCGCCAGGUCCAGGGUCACCUCCUCUUGAUCGGCGUCAGCGGCUCGGGCAAGACGACCCUGUCUCGGUUCGUCGCGUGGAUGAACGGCCUGAGCGUGUUCCAGAUCAAGGUCCACAACAAGUACUCGGGCGACGACUUUGACGACGACCUGCGCACGGUCCUGCGCCGCGCCGGGUGCAAGGGCGAAAAGAUCGCCUUCAUCAUGGACGAGUCGAACGUGCUCGACUCGGGCUUCCUCGAGCGCAUGAACACGCUCCUCGCCAACGCCGAGGUGCCCGGCCUGUUCGAGGGCGACGAGCACGCGGCCCUCAUGACGGCGUGCAAGGAGGGCGCGCAGCGCGACGGUCUCAUGCUCGACUCGCCCGACGAGCUGUACCGGUGGUUCACGGCGCAGGUCGCGCGCAACCUCCACGUCGUGUUCACGAUGAACCCGCCGUCGGGCGGGCUCGCGUCGCGGGCCGCCACGUCGCCGGCCCUGUUCAACCGCUGCGUCCUCGACUGGUUCGGCGACUGGUCCGAGCAGGCGCUCUACCAGGUCGGGCUCGAGUUUACCAGCUCGCUCGACCUCGACGCGGCCGGGUACGUCGCGCCGGCCGACUUCCCCGUCGCGUACCGCCAGCUCGCGCUCCCGCCGGUCCACCGCGCCGCCAUCGUCAACGCGCUCGUGCACGUGCACCACUCGAUGUACGCGACCAACGCCAAGCUCGCGCGGCGCCAGGGCCGCGUCAACCACGCGACGCCGCGCCACUACCUCGACUUUGUCAACCAGUACGUGCGCCUCUUUACCGAGAAGCGCGACGAGCUCGAGGACCAGCAGCGGCACCUCAACGUCGGCCUCGACAAGCUGCGCGAGACGGUCGUCCAGGUCGAGGAGCUGCGCAAGAGCCUCGCCGUCAAGCGCACCCAGCUCGAGCUCAAGAACGGCGAGGCGAACGACAAGCUCAAGCGCAUGGUCGCCGACCAGCAGGACGCCGAGCAGAAAAAGGUGGCCUCGCUCGAGAUGUCGACCGCGCUCGAGCAGCAGGAGCGCGCCAUCGCCGAGCGCCGCGACGUCGUCAUGGGCGAGCUCGCCGACGCCGAGCCCGCCGUCGAGGACGCCCAGGCGGCCGUGUCCAACAUCAAGAAGCAGCAGCUCACCGAGGUGCGCUCGAUGGCCAACCCGCCCGAGGCCGUCAAGCUGUCGAUGGAGGCCGUCUGCAUCCUCCUCGGCCACAAGAUCGACAGCUGGAAGGCCGUCCAGGCCGUCCUGCGCUCCGACUCGUUCAUCUCGCACAUUGUCAACUUUGACACGGCCCAGCUCACGCGCCACUUGCGCGACAAGAUGCGCGCCGAGUACCUGUCGCGCCCGUCGUUCACGUUCGAGACGGUCAACCGCGCGAGCAAGGCGUGCGGCCCGCUCGUCAAGUGGGUCAUCGCCCAGGUCAACUACUCGUCGAUCCUCGACAAGGUCGGCCCGCUGCGCGACGAGGUGCGCGCGCUCGAGGACCAAGCCGAGACGACGACGCACCAGGCGCACGCGCUCCAGGGCAUGAUUGCCGAGCUCGAGGCGCGCAUCGCGGCGUACAAGGACGAGUACGCGGCCCUGAUCAGCGAGACGCAGGCGAUCAAGACGGCCAUGGAGACGGUCCAGACGCGCGUCGACCGCUCGGUGACGCUCCUCGACAGCCUGUCGUCCGAGAAGGUGCGGUGGGAGGCCGGCAGCCGCACGUUCGAGGGCCAGAUGGCGACCGUCGCCGGCGACGUCCUCCUCUCGGCCGCCUUUCUCGCGUACGCCGGCUACUUCGACCAGGCCUACCGCCAGUCGAUGUGGCACGGCUGGGCCGCCCACCUCGCCGACGCCGGCAUCCGGCACAAGGCCGAGCUGUCGCUGUCCGAGUACCUGUCGACGGCCGACGAGCGCCUCGAGUGGCACGCGCGCUCGCUCCCGACCGACGAGCUGUGCGUCGAGAACGCUGUCAUGCUCACUCGGUUCGACCGGUACCCGCUCGUCAUCGACCCGUCGGGCCAGGCGACGGCCUUCCUCCUCAACGAGUUCAAGGACCGCAAGAUCACCGUCACGUCCUUCCUCGACGAGGCGUUCCUCAAGAACCUCGAGAGCGCCCUCCGGUUCGGCACCCCGAUCCUCAUCCAGGACGUCGAGCACCUCGACCCGAUCCUCAACGCCGUCCUCAACAAGGAGCUGCGGCGCGCCGGCGGCCGCGUCCUCAUCCGCCUCGGCACCCAGGACAUCGACUUUUCGCCCUCGUUCACCAUGUUCCUGUCGACGCGCGACCCGUCGGUCGAGUUUGCCGCCGACCUCAACUCGCGCGUCACCAUGGUCAACUUCUCGAUCACGCGCGCAAGCCUCCAGACCCAGUCGCUCGCCCAGGUCCUGCGCGUCGAGCGGCCCGAGGUCGACCGCAAGCGCUCGGACCUGCUCCGCCUCCAGGGCGAGUUCCGCGCUCGCCUGCACCACCUCGAGAAGAGCCUCCUCACGGCGCUCAACGAGUCGCAGGGCAACAUCCUCGACGACGACAAGGUCAUCGGCACGCUCGAGAUGCUCAAGCGCGAGGCGGCCGACGUCACGCGCAAGGUCGAGGAGACCGACACGGUCAUGGCCGAGGUCGAGCAGGUCACGAACGAGUACCUGCCGCUCGCGCAGGCGUGCAGCAGCGUCUUCUUCGUCCUCGACGAGCUCCACCUCCUGCACCACUUUUACCAGUUCUCGCUCCGGUUCUUCCUCGACGUGUUCGACUACGUCCUCCUGCACAACCCGUCGCUCAAGAACGUCACCGACCCGCACGCCCGUCUGCGCAUCCUCCUCGACGACCUGUUCCUCCACGUCUUCAAGCGCACCGCCCGGGCCCUCCUCCACACCGACCACCUCACCCUCGCCCUCCUCCUCGCGGCCGUCAAGGUGCGCGGCUCGAGCGCCGACUUUGACGAGCACGAGUUCGCGUUCCUGCUCGAGGGCGGCGACGCGCUCGCGACCACCGGGUCGGCGCCCCAGGCCGACGUGCCGCUCCUCGACGACGCCCAGCAGCAGCGCCUGCGCGCGUUCGAGCGCCUCGAGGUGUUCCGAGACGUCCGACCGCACCUCGCAGCGCACGAGGCCGAGUGGCGCGCCUUCCUCGCGUCGGCCGCGCCCGAGUCGGUCGUGCCGGCCGUGUGGGCCGACCUCGACCCGGUCGCGCUCGCCAUCCGCCGAGCGCUCGUCGUCAAGUGCUUGCGACCCGACCGCCUCCUGCAGGCCUUGAGCGCGUUCGCCUCGCUCGUGUUCGAGCGCGACCUCCUCCUCGAGACGACGUUCGAGCUCGGCGACAUGGUCGAGCACGAGGUCGACGCGGCGGCGCCCGUCUGCCUGUGCUCGGUGCCGGGCUACGACGCGAGCUACCGCGUCGACCACCUUGUCGCGGCGACGUCGGCGCGGUGCACGUCGGUCGCCAUGGGCUCGCAGGAGGGCUACGCGCUCGCCGACCAGGCCAUCGCCGCAGCGGCGCGCACGGGCAACUGGGUCCUGCUCAAGAACGUCCACCUCGCGCCGGCGUGGCUCAGCCAGCUCGAGAAGCGGCUCCAGAGCCUCCACCCGAACCGCGCGUUCCGCCUCUUUCUCACGAUGGAGACGAACCCGGCGAUCCCGGUCAACAUCCUGCGCCAGGGCCGCAUCGUCAUGAACGAGCCGCCGCCGGGCAUUCGCGCCAACCUCGUCGACUCGCUGCGCAGCCUCGACCCGAAGCGCCUGUCGACCGGCCCGGCCGAGAAGAUGCGCCUGUACUUCCUCGUCGCGUGGUUCCACGCCGUCGUCCAGGAGCGCCUGCGCUACGUCCCGCUCGGCUGGAGCAAGGCGUUCGAGUUCAACGACUCGGACCAGGAGGCGGCGCUCAACACGAUCGACUCGUGGGUCGCGUCGGCCGCCCGAGGCCGCGCCAACGUCGACCCGGCCUCGAUCCCGUGGGCCGCGAUCCGCUCGCUCGUGCGCGAGACGGUGUACGGCGGCAAGGUCGACACCGAGUUUGACCAGUCGCUCCUCGACUCGUUCGUCGAGUCGCUGUUCUCGCCUCGCGCGUACGACGUCGACUUUGCGCUCGUGCCCGAGCGCGACGGCGACGCGGGCCUCGUCGCGCCCGACGCGACCCAGCUCGACCAGUUCCUCGAGUGGGCGACGCAGUUGCCCGAGCAGGAGCCGCCGUCGUACCUCGCGCUCCCGCCGACUGCCGAGCGGGUCAUCGCCCUCGCCCAAGGUUCCGCGCUCCUCGCCCGACUCGUCAAGAUGCGCUCGCUCGACGACGACGACGAGACGGUCGCGGUCGACCUCAAGCAGGGCGGCUCGUCGGCUCAGCCUGCGUGGAUGCGCGCGCUGCGACAGUCGUGCACCGAGUGGCUCGAGGUGCUCCCAACGACCUCGGCCCGCAUCGCCUCGUCGGCCGCCGCCGCCCAGGACCCGCUCGCCCGCUUCUUCGAGCGCGAGGCGUCGCUCGCCAGCUCGCUCCUGCCCAGCAUACGAUCCGACCUCGCUGACCUCGUCAAGGUGUGCGACGGCGAGCUCAAGCAGACGAACGACCUGCGCGCCCUCCUCCUCGACCUCGCCAAGGGCACCGUGCCGUCGUCGUGGCGCCGGUACCGGUGCCGCGACCUGCCCGUCGCCGUGUGGAUCGUCGACCUCGCCAAGCGCCUGUCGCAGCUCGCGACCGUCGGCGCAGCGCCCAGCCUCGCCCAGGUGCCCGUCGCGCUCGGGCUCCUGUUCCACCCUCACGGCUUCAUCACGGCGUCGCGGCAGGCCGUCGCACACUCGACGCAGGCGUCGCUCGAGGAGCUCCACCUCGAGGUCGCGCUCGAGGUGACCGGCCAACCCGACUCGUUCGUCGUCGAGGGCUUCUCGCUCGUCGGUGCCUGCCUGCAGGACGGUGCCCUCGCCCUCAACGACGGCUCGGUCGUCCGCCUCGGCCCGUCGUCCAUCUCGUGGCGGCGGCGGCGCGCACCCGACUCGGCGCCCUCGACGAGCGGCAGCAACGACGGCGAGACGCGCCUCGCGCUCCCGUGCUUCCUCGACUCGACCCGCACCGACGUCUUGUUCUCGGUCGCAGUUCCGGCGAGGGGCGUCGACGCCGUCGCGGUCAAGCAGCGCGCCGUCGCGGUCGUGGCGGCAGAGUGAGCGGGAGGGGAGAGGAGGGUGUUUCUUCGGCUCGUCGUUGCUUUGUCUCUGUCUCUCGCAAUCGCAGGCCUCGUUUCUCUCGUU